UACAGAGACCUUUUCAUUCAGUAUCAAUCGAACUUCUAAGCUUAAAACAUCACAUUAACUCAGUAUACUUCCGGAGAGAGUAAAAUAGACAAGUGAAAAUGGCAUUUCUAGACUCAGUUCUAGGGUGGAUUGGCCAAAAUAAGGCUGUUUGUGCACUUUCAGUAUUGCUAUUCGCCUUCUUUAUAUCAACAAUUGCUCUAGCCGUACAAAAGAACAAUCUUGCGGCUGAACUGGAGACUUGCGGAGUUACAACACCUCCACCAACAUCACCACCAGAAAGUUUUAAGCACCGACUUCCUUCCAACAUUAUUCCAACUCACUAUGAAUUGUUCUUGCAUCCCAAUUUGGUGGACGAAACCUUCACAGGGAAUGUUACAAUUUCUCUGAAAGUCCUCGAAACUGCGUCACAUAUUGUCUUGAACUCUAAUAAACUCACAAUUACAUCCGUGGCUCUGCAUUCUCCGUCAUCGCAAGCAAUUGAUACGGAACAUGAGCUUAGUGAGGAAUUUGAAAGUUUACGUGUGACUCCAAAAUCGGGAAAUUUAGCAGUUACAACGGAUACUUCUACCUACAGCCUUUUUAUAGAAUUUAAUGGAGUUAUGCAUGACAAGAAUGUAGGACUAUACAGCAGUAAAUACAGAAGGGUUAACGGAAACAACGAGGUCACGAUAUCAUCAUCUAAAUUCCAACCUACCUAUGCCAGACAAGCUUUUCCAUGCUUCGAUGAACCUGCAUUCAAAGCAACGUACAGCAUCAGCUUAGUACGCCCUAGACAAAAUGAUUAUAUAGCACUGUCUAAUAUGCCUCAACUGGAAGUUACAGAUGGUCCUGGUGAAAAUGAAGUGACUGUGAAAUUUGCUCAAUCUCCACAGAUGAGCACGUACUUAGCAGUGUUCCUAGUUGCAGAUUUUCAGCAUGAGGCAGUGGAGAUUGUAAAUCCUCUAGGGGACAACUUUGAUCUGAAGAUUUAUCUACCGGAAGGUCAACAGGAAAAGGGCAAGUUCGCUCUAAAUGCAGCAAAAAAUAUCAUUGAGUACUAUAUCGAAUACUUUGAUAUUGAAUAUCCAUUGCCUAAGUUGGAUAUGGCUGCAAUUCCUGAAUAUGUUUCUGGAGCCACAGAACAUUGGGGAUUGGUUACAUUUAGGGAGACCUCUCUUCUAUGGGAAGAAGGUGAAGGUUCUUCUAGGAAUAAACAGAGAGUGGCUUCUGUAAUUUCUCAUGAACUUGCGCAUAUGUGGUUUGGAAACUUAGUUACAUGCGAAUGGUGGAAUGAUAUCUGGCUCAAUGAAGGAUUCGCUUCUUACAUCGAAUUCAAGGGUCUUGCUUGGUUGAAUUGGAACAUGGAUGAGCAAUUCCUAAUUGAAGAUCUUCAUGGGGUUAUGGAAUUAGACUCGAAGGUCGCAUCCCAUCCGAUAGUUCAGCAAGCUACAACACCUGACGAAAUUACGGCUCUUUUCGAUAGCAUUGCUUACAGCAAAGGUGCAUCGAUAAUAAGAAUGCUGGAGGGAUUUGUGACAAGUGAAGUAUUCCGAACGGGUGUCCAGAAGUUCCUUAGAGACUUCCGAUACAAAUCAGUUGUAACUGCCGAUUUCUUCCGAUACAUGGAUGAAGUUACUGAUGAUGACAUGAAUGUUACACAAAUAAUGUCUACAUGGACUGAGCAGAAGGGUUACCCAGUGGUUUUCGUUAAGAGAGUAAAUGAUACCACGUAUGAGCUUACCCAGGAACGUUUUCUUCUGAAUCCUGACUCCAAGGAGGAGGAAACUGAAGACUCGCCCUUCCUCUGGUACAUCCCCAUUACUUACAUGAGUGAUAAAACGAACAGUGAUAAGGUCCUGUGGAUGAAACCUUCUGAUACCAACAUUCAAAUCAAUAUUGGAUCUGAAUCGAAGUGGAUCAAAGUCAAUGACAAACAAAUUGGAUACUAUAUCGUGAACUAUGACAAUUGGGAUGAAAUUAUCAAUCAGGUCAAAAUAGGAGAUAAGUUUACGGCGAUGGAUCGGGCACAACUCCUUCAUGAUUCCUUCAAACUUGCGGAUUCAUUGAGUAUUUCGUACAAUGUCCCCUUGGAACUAUCAACUUACUUGACUCUGAAGACUGAAACUAAUUAUGUUCCUUGGUCCGUAGCUUCCAGUAAAUUUUUAAGUCUUCAGGGAAUGCUCGAUUAUCCCUCUUUAAACCUUAUACGUUAUGUUCAAGAAGAGAUCCUACAGAUUUACGAUUUUGUGAAUCCAGUAAAUAUUGACAACGAUGGACCAGACGAUCAUCUUAAGAAGCUACUUAGGGAAAAGAUCAUGAACUUGGCAUGUCAUUUUGAUUACAGCGAUUGCCUUACUUACGUAAAAGAACAUUUUGCGCGAUAUUUAGCCAACGAAAAUGAGAAACCGAAUGUCGAUAUUCGUCAAUCCGUUUACUAUCAUGGAAUGAGGGAUGUUUUCAAUCGAGCUGAUUGGGAUAAGAUAUUUGAUCGUUUUGUAAAAGAAAAUGAUCCCCAGGAAAGAGCCAAGCUUAUGGAAGCUCUGGCUGGUACAUCUUCCCAGCUCCUUCUAGGAGUUUAUUUGGAUAUUGCUCAAAACAAAACUGGCCCCAUCAAGAAGCAAGAUUAUGUUUCUGUAAUGCAGUACAUUGCCUAUAACCGAAAUGGCGAGCAACUCGUCUGGAAAUACGUUAGAGAAAAUUGGGAAGCCAUUACGCAAAUUAUUGAUGUAAACGACCGAACUCUGGGUCGAAUGAUUCCAAAUAUAACAAAAAGAUUCAAAACUGAAGCACAAUUGAAAGAGCUCGAAGAAUUCAUCGAGAAGUAUCCGAAUGCAGGAGCAGGUGAAGCAGGUCGGAAAGAAGCUCUGGAAACGAUCAAGUACAACAUUAAGUGGAGUGCACAGAAUAAGGAAGUGAUUAAUACUUGGUUGACAGAGCACUUUGAAAUGGUUCACAAUCCAAAUCUCGUGCGCCCGUCGUCAGUUUCGAAUUUUUCCCGCCAAGAUUCCACGACUCUGCGCAAAAGCCAUUCACUGGUGGUGACUCUGGCAACCAUCUGCUUGAUACUUAUAUGUCUGCUAUGUAUUGUGGUGUUUGGGCUGGUGUUAGUUGGGAAGAAUCUGUCAAGUGUAUCUCAGUCAUCGGCACUCAGGAGUACCUCUGGACAACCGCUGCAGGAUAGCAUAUCCCUGGUUAAUCGUUCAAUCCUCACUCUUCAAAAUUCAGUAAAGUCCCAGGAAGUACCAGGAAACACAGUAAUCCCAGGAAACAGUACAGACGGCGGAAUGGCAUCAGCGAGAUUCGCCAAGAUUGUGGAGCAAUUGUCAUUCCGGUUGCCAAGUGAGGUGAGGCCAAAAAGAUACAAUCUUCACCUUCAUCCCAAUCUCGUGGAGAAAACCUUCUCUGGCAAUGUGUCUAUUGACUUGGAAGUAUCCAAGCCAGUGUCUUUCAUUGCUGUCCACACCAAAAAACUCACUAUCAGCUCCACGAGUCUCGUCCAGAAGCUCGGAACAUCUCAAGCAGUGCCACUCGAGGAGACAUUUGAAUAUGAACCCUUUGAAUAUUGGGUCACUGUGCCAAAAGAGACCAUCCAGGAGGGACUUUAUCAGCUCAAUAUGUCCUUCAAUGGGAGUUUGAUAAACAGAAUUGUGGGAUUCUAUGCUAGUUCAUAUUUUAACCCUCUGCGGAAUGAAACAAGGACAAUCGCAACGUCGAAAUUUGAGCCAACUUAUGCAAGACAAUCGUUUCCGUGUUUCGAUGAACCAGCCAUGAAGGCACCAUUUAAAAUUAGUAUUGUUCGUCCAACUGGUGAUAACUACAUCUCCCUGUCCAAUAUGAAUGAGGAGGAGACUCAAGAGAAUGGACCGGAAACUGUGUCGCAUUUUGCCGAAAGUGUUCCCAUGAGCACUUAUUUGGCCUGUUUCAUCGUAUGCGAUUUUCUUCACAAUGCGGAAACUGUAAAGACCAAUGGGAUUGGGAAGGAUUUCCAACUGAAAGUUUAUGCGACUCCCCAUCAACUCAACAAAACACAAUUUGCACUAAAGACUGGCGUGGGAAUUACUGAAUACUACAUUCAGUAUUUCCAAAUUGAAUAUCCACUUCCAAAACUAGAUAUGAUAGCGAUCCCUGAUUUUGUAUCCGGAGCAAUGGAAACAUGGGGUUUGAUAACUUACCGUGAGACUGCUCUUCUUUAUGAUCCUCUCAUCAGUUCCUCAGUAAACAAGCAGCGAGUGGCUAGUGUUGUCGCUCAUGAAUUAUCUCACAUGUGGUUCGGCAAUCUCGUGACGAUGCGCUUCUGGAAUGAUCUAUACCUGAAUGAGGGAUUCGCUUCCUACAUCCAGUACAAAGGCUGUGACCAUCUUUUCCCAUCCUGGGGCAUGAUGGAUCAAUUCUUAAUUGAUGAUGUGCACUAUGUGUUCAGAAUUGAUGCAUCUCUUGCAACUCAUCCAAUUGUUCAGACUGUGAGCAAUCCCGAUCAGAUAACCGAGAUGUUCGAUUCGAUUUCUUACAGCAAAGGAGCAGCAAUUAUUCGGAUGCUGGAAGAUAUUAUUGGGAAAGAUAACUUCCAAAAGAGCAUCACUAGAUACCUCAAUGCUCACAAAUACGGAAAUGCUGAUACAAAUGAUCUACUGACGCAAAUGGAAAAGCUCAAUUUGGACUAUGAUAUCAAGUAUGUGAUGGACACAUGGACCAGACAAGGAGGAUUUCCCGUGGUUACUGUAGAGAAGCUCAACAGUACUAAGUACAAAUUAACCCAGAAGCGAUUCUUCUCCAAUCCUGAGAAUGAUAUUUCAUCAGCACCUCCCUCUGAGUACAACUACCGGUGGUAUAUCCCUAUAACGUAUUACACGGAUCGGAAUUCUAAAGUUGAGAGAAAGUGGUUCCCUAAUUCGGAUACGGAGGCGGAAAUUGUGAUUGAUGAGCCACAUAGCUGGAUAAAGAUCAACAAGGACCAAAUUGGCUACUACUACGUCAACUACCCUGAAGAAGUUUGGCAAGCCCUCACGAGUGCCUUGAUCGAGGACAAGAACAGUCUUUCAGUAUCUGAUCGAUCACAGCUCCUGAACGAUGUGUUCUAUCUGGCGGAUUCGACGCAAGUUUCCUACGACAUUGCUCUCAAUCUCACUAGAUACCUCAGGAAUGAAGAUCAGUAUGUUCCUUGGGUCGUGGCGAUCAGUCGACUGAGGAAUAUUUACAAUUUGAUGUACCAGACGGAUCUAGUGCCUCAGGUGGAGAAAUACUGCUUGCAGCUCCUCGAGAAGGCCUAUCAAUCAAUCGGAUGGAACGUUAGUGCAGAUGAUCAUUUGAACAAUCGUUUGCGUGGUAGAAUUCUGGAUUUGGCUUGUUCAAUGGGUCACGAAGAAUGCCUGAAUCACGCGGGUAAAGAAUUUGACAAGUGGCUACAAAAUCCUUCCGAUCGACCUCAUCCUGACCUCCGUGCCCUGAUCUACGAGUACGGAAUGGUUUCUGUUGGUAAUAAGGCUAAAUGGGAACAAGUCUGGAAGCUCUACCUGGCUGAAACUGAUGCCCAGGAGAAGAUCAAGCUGAUGAAUGCCCUGUCAGCAAUUACAGAUCUCUCCGUACUUAAUCGCUUUAUCAGUCUGUGCUGGGAUGAGAAGAAUGUUCGGGGGCAGGACUACUUUUCAGCCAUGAUCUCUAUUGCCAGCAAUCGCAUUGGGCAGAACCUAGUUUGGGACUAUGUUCGGGAGAAUUGGGAGAAUUACGUGAAGAGAUUCGGACUCAAUGAGCGUUACUUAGGUCGCAUGAUUCCUGCAAUCACCAGACGUUUCAAUACAAAUACUAAAUUGGAGGAAAUGAAGGCAUUCUUUGCUAAAUACCCAGAAGCUGGAGCUGGAACAGCUGCACGACAAGAAGCCCUGGAAAACGUACAUGGGAACAUAAAGUGGCUUCAGAAUAACAAAGAUGUUGUCGUUGAGUGGUUCACAAAAAAUCUUUAGAAAUAUUUUCUUAUGAAUUUUUGAAUAAAUUGAUGGAUUUGA